AUGGGUGCUAAGAUUGAGUGCUACUUGGAUCUCGCAUCCUAUUACAGCUACAUUACCUUCACCGACUUGGCGCAGAAUCGAGAGAAGCUGGCAGCCAAUGGAGUCGAUAUAGAAAUCAACCCCGUGCUGCUGGGCGGCAUCAACCACUUGUCAGGCAACAAACCUCCAUGGACAAACGAGGUCAAGGCCAAGUACCUCAAGUAUGACUCUCGCCGUUCCGCCGAUCGGGUUGGUCUUUUCAACAUCCAGGGCCCUCCGGAUCUCAUGGCCGUCUCCCACACCGUCUCACCACUUCGCGCUUUGCUCUAUAUCAAGGCCAAUUAUCCAGAGGCCACUUUUCUAGCUGCCUUUGAAUCCCUCUUCAUGGCCUUUUGGACGCCCCCGAAUGUGAAUCUCAUUCCGGAAGAGAAUCUGCGGGCUGUGCUCCAAGGAGCGACGGAGAAACCCGGCAAAAGCGACAGCAAGAAGCUCUUUACUGAAGACGAGGUGGACAAGAUUAUGCAGUCGCGCGGUCAGAUGAAGGAUGUGCUCUUGGCCAAUACGAAGAAGGCUGUUGAUUUGGGGGCCUUUGGAGCGCCUUGGAUUUGGGUGACGAAUGCAAAGGGGGAGCAAGAACCCUUUUUUGGGAGUGAUCGAUUUCACCACAUCUACAAGUUUUUGGACGUUCCCUUUCAGGACAUUGCUGUUUUAGCGCCUUCGAAGCUGUGA